UCACUUACAUGUCAGUUGUCUAUCAUUAACUAGAAUCCUCAAUUCAAUCCCCAAUCCAAUCCAUUCGUUUCGUUCGGUUCACAUUUCACAAAACACAGUGCUUGCGCUAGCGCAAAAUUAGCGCCGCUGCUGUCGAUAAUUAUUAUUCAGCUGAUUCGCCUACUAGAAUAACUGGUUUCUUCAAGUAUUGAUGGUGAAGUGAUCUAAAUCAUCAAAUUAUUCUACAUAUCGACAAUAAUCAAGUGUUGUAUAGGUUAAUUUGUAUAACUGGACUCUGGACAAAGUUCGCUAUGGCUGCGUUAAAGAAAACAAAAAAUCUUAAACUCCUUACCGGUUUAGUACCUAGAUAUUGCCCCCAACUCACAGCUAGAAGAAACUUAAAUCUACAAGAAUUCCACAGUAAGGACUUGUUGAGGAAGUUUCAGGUUUCUAUUCAAGACUUUCGAGUAAUUGAUUCUAAACUGGACACUAAACCCUUGGCGGAUUUUAAAGCUGAUGAGUAUGUUGUCAAAGCGCAGAUCUUAGCUGGUGGACGCGGUAAAGGACAUUUCGACAAUGGUUUUAAAGGAGGAGUUCACCUGACCAAAAAUCGCGAUGAAGUUUUCAAACUAGCUAAAAAUAUGAUUGGACACAAGUUGAUCACAAAACAAACACCCAAGGAAGGAAUACUGGUAGACAAAGUGAUGGUGGCAGAGAGUGUUAACAUUAAGAGGGAGACAUACUUCAGCAUAGUGAUGGAGAGGUCCUACAAUGGUGCUGCUAUUGUGGCCUCCCCUGCUGGGGGUAUGGACAUUGAAGCAGUGGCAGAGAAAACCCCACAUCUUAUUAAAACCCUACCUAUUGAUAUCUAUGAGGGUAUCACAGACAAGAUGGCUAAUGAAGUUGCAGAGUUUUUGGAAUUUAAAGGGGAACUUAAAGCAAAGUGUGCUUCAGAAGUGCAAAAACUUUGGCAAUUGUUUCUAAGUGUGGAUGCUACUCAGCUAGAGAUUAACCCUCUAGUAGAGACAGAUGAUGGUAGAGUUAUCUCUGUGGAUGCUAAGCUGAACUUUGAUGACAAUGCUAGCUUCAGGCAAAAAGACAUUUUCGCCCUUGAUGAUGUAACCGAGAGUGAUCCUAAAGAGAGAGAAGCUGCUGCACAUAACUUGGUGUACAUUGAUAUGGAUGGCAGUAUUGGAUGCAUGGUCAAUGGAGCAGGACUAGCCAUGGCCACUAUGGACAUCAUCACUCUAAAUGGAGGGAAGCCAGCCAACUUCUUGGAUCUUGGUGGUGGUGUUGGACCAAAACAAGUAUCAAUUGCACUGAGGAUCUUGGAAUCAGAUCCUAAAGUGAAGUCUAUCUUUGUCAAUGUGUUUGGUGGUAUAGUCAAUUGCCUUACAAUUGCGCAGGGUAUCAUCACAGCAUGCAAGGAGAAUCCUCCUAAACAUCCUCUAGUCAUCAGAUUGGAAGGAACAAACUCGGAUGCAGCUAGAGAGCUGCUUGAAAACUCGGGUCUUCCUCUUAAAAUCGUCCAGGAUGUUGAUCAGGCAGCUAAAACAGUAGUUAACCUCGGAAAGUAAGAAAAAUGAUAAAUUGAAAAAUUGCAUAGACAAUUCUUUGAUUUACAUUUCAAUGCAACAAGCUGUUCCAAAUUUAAAAAAUGUGCAUACUCAAUGCAGUAUUGAAUAUGAUUUGUGUGGUUUUUUAAGGAGCCAAAAAAUAAUGUUGUUCAUAAAGAAUAGUAUUUUAAACUGAAGAAUUAGUUCCAUUUAUAGGGAGUUUUACAAGUAGUAGCCUGUCUACAAACAAAGAAUUAGAACCAAACAAGAAACGUAAAUAUUGUAGGAAAAAAUACCUAGAAUACUGUAAAUAUGUGUACUUACAUUGUACAUUACCUUACCACUGACUAAAAAAUACAUAAUUUUAGAAGACUGA